GCAAAGGUGCAAUCCGAAUUGACACGCACUCUCUCUCAAUCUCUCUCUCUGGGUAUACAGAACCUACAGUAGCUCAAAUAGAACACUUUUGGUAAACUCUAUACAAUAUACAAUAUAGUAUUGUACUGUAACCUGAACCCAAUUCAUAUCCACACUCACCUGCUACAAAUAUUUCUGUGACUUACUAUGCUUGCCACAACGCUAACACGCCUAGGGCGGAUGAGCCGUUCCACUCGAUGGAGUGUGCACAGAGGUCUCACAGCGCGAACAUUGACGUCAAUCGCCUUCAAGAACACCGCCGCACCGGGUGAGACAGCCAAUCUAAUGUUCGAGAGAGAGGGUAAGCCCAUCUCACCAUGGCACGAUAUACCGCUCAGCUCAACAGAGGGCCUGUACAACAUGGUCACGGAGAUACCCAAGGGCACCAACGCUAAGAUGGAGAUAUGCACGGACAAGGACUACAACCCCAUUGUGCAGGACUACAAGAACGGCAAGCCCAGGUUUUUAACCCACGGUAAUGUGCUGUACAACUAUGGUGCCCUGCCGCAGACAUGGGAGGACCCGGAGCAUAAAGUGGAGGAUGCCGAAAACCUACCAGGUGACAAUGACCCUCUGGAUAUCAUUGACAUUGGCUCCAUGCCCCAGAGCAUGGGCACCGUCUCACAGGUGAAGGUGUUGGGAGUGCUGGGGCUUAUAGACGAGGGCGAGUGUGACUGGAAGGUACUCUGCAUCAACCACGACGAUCCACUGGCCAAAACCCUACACGAUAUUGAUGACGUUGAAGAGCAGUGUCCUGGUGUAGUCAAAUCAAUUAUGGAAUGGUACAGAGACUACAAGAUAGUGGACGGCAAACCACAGAACAGAUACGCCUUCGACGGUAUUGCGAAAGAUAAGGCCUACGCGGAGAAAGUCAUCGCCGAAUGUCACGGAAUGUGGAGAGGACGUCAAGCUGCACAGAAAUAAACAGACAAACCUUGUACGACUAUAGUGGUAUACGGCAGAUUGAACUUACUUGUAUUGGAAGGCGUUGCAUAGUAAUGGGGC